AUAAUUUGAAAUAUUUCUGAUCAAAAUUAAAGCAAAAAAGAUUGGAAUAUUUCACGUUGUAUGUAAUGGAUAUUGAAUAUAUGAAAGCUUUCCCUUUCGAAAUUUUGGAAUUUUCCUAGUUGGGUUGACUCAGCCUGAUGGGAUUUUCAAUAAACAUUUUUCUCUAUAAGAGGUACAACACUUGGACUCAGUUAGAGCCAGCACUUUGCUAAAUUUGGCUGGAAACCAAGAAAAGGACAGAGAAAGCUAUAUUUAGAAACAUCUCUCAGACCUAGAGUGUCCAUGUUAUCAGUGAUUUCAUCAAGUGGAGCUUCAAGUGGAGCUUCCUGGAUAUUUUUCUUGUGUUCAUGGAGUCAGUGAACUUUUGAACAAUGGACUAUUCACUGUAAUUUCCUGGAGACCUGAGCCCUUGUUCAGGCAGGGGGGGUAAGAGCAACAGAUUCAGAAAUAAAAGCUCCAACAAUACCAUGUAACACAAAUUCCACUAAGUCAGCAAAUUAAGAUCCUCCCCUUCAUUAUCCAGAUAGCCCUGGAGAAAAGUGUCUAUUAUCACAGGUUAGGGAUCACCUCACAUACUGGUAAAAGUAACCAUUGAUUCGAUUUUAAGAUGGACGUUUAAUUUUAAGUUUCAUCCUCAAAGAUUAGAGAAUUAAAGUGCUUCCUAGAAAGUGACCUGGACUUUUCUUAUCCUCUCUUGAAGCUGAAGUAGUCCGUCAUUCGUCAGACUUAAAAGGUCGUCUGGUGAUGACAGCACAGGUUACAGGCUUGUCUCGUGUAUGACUUUGAGGAAAAUGGAGUUAUUCAGAAAAAUAGAAUAUUGUCUUAUUUGAGAAUAAAAUGCUACAGCAGUGUUCUCUGACCCUUAGACAAACCUGUGAAAUUAGUUUUAUACAUUUCUGAAAAGUUCACUCUUUGAAGAGGCCGGAUCUUCGCACCAUGCACAAAAAUGUAUCAGAUGGAUUUUUUUUUUUUGUUGUUGUUGUUUUUUAAGAUUUGCUUCUUGAGAGCGUUGUUUCCAAACUGCUCUCUUAAAAGGAUAAGGGAAAAGUCACCUUUUAUUCCCCUUAACUGUGCUUAGAGCUACAGUAAUUGCUGUCUUAGAUGGACAGAAAUUAAUUUUUGAAAGCUCUUUGAAGUACCCACAGUGAAGCUUUUCAGCCUUUCAUACUCAGUGUGAUUACUUUGGCAGCUGUAUGAAGAACGCCGUUUGUGCCUGAUGAAUAACUGUCAGCAUGGAGUUAGGUAUUAAAACAAACUGGGGAGGGUUUCUGUCAUUACUACGAAAUGCAAAGAUCGUUGUCUCCUCUGAAGCCGUAAUGCAUGUGAAGCAAAGAUACAGUGUACACCACUGCAUCUUUGCAAGCGCCAAUUCGAGCACCUUCCUUUUGCUAAUGUGACAGCCAUUUUAUCAAGGAUUCUCCUGUGUUUGGGUCAAUACUGAAAUAUUGAAUUUCCUCAUUAAUCGCUGCCCAUUUCCUGCUUGCCAUAAGAGAAAGCAGCUGCGCUGUACACUCACUGAGGCCACAGACUCUGAUUAUUGCCAUUUAAAAAUCUGAUCACUUCUUAUGAAGUGAAAGUGGACCAGCGGAUGGUAGCUGCAGAUACUGCACUGGCAUUAAAAUGUGUGAGUAGUAUGUAGUCCUGGCUUAUUCAGAUGACCAGUGAGUACUUCUGCAUACGUGCAGAAUGAAAUAAAGGCAAAUCUAAAAUAGUUUUUGCACCAUAGAAGCUCAUGGAAAUGAGGUGUUUUGAUUGCAAAAAGAAAAUAAAAUAGUGCUGGUCAAAGGGGAGCUCUUUUGUUAAACUGCAGCUCCUUGUUUUUAUUCUGGCUGCCCCUAACAAAUAGAAGGUUUUGAGGAUCAGUCUGUUUGCACAUUUGCACAAAUUGCAUUCAUUUUUGCUCUGUUCUGAUAAACUAUUUACAUAAUUAAGUCAUCAUUUGAGUGCUUAAAAAGAUUAAACAUCCACAGCUUCGGGCCUGAACUGUGAAUGUCUGUUGAAAUUCCGAAGUUGAACUGAAUUAAAUAUUUUGGAAUAAUGGACUUUUGUUGGACAGAACAAGCCAUUUCCUGCAACACGCCUUGGGAAAUUGUAAUGGACAUUUUUAAUGUUUAAUGUUUUAUGAUUUACAUCAUUGGAUCUAAUGGAAAUAACAUUAUGUGCAACCCAACAACAGUCUGUCAGUCACAGCAGUUGCAUUUGCACACUUUGAUGAGAUUGGCAAUGGUUAAAAGUUCUGGGAAAGAAGAGAAAGCAGACUAUGAGUUUAGAUCAUUGAGUGGCUUUUCUUAUUUGUUUUCUUCUGUUUUUUGUUGUUUUGUUUUUGUUUUUUGCUAUUUAGCAUUCAGUCCCUCCGGUCACUAAAAGACACCAUCACUUAGGCGAACCCUAAAGCCUAACUCCCAGAAGGUUCGGGGGUCUGAGGUUUAAAACAUUUUGAGAUGAAUUCCAGCAUCCAGCUCUCACCCUGCAUUUUAAUGAGCCUAUUUGCAUACUUGUUCAUCAUUAUCUCUGUAAAGCUUAUUGAUGUGAAAAGUGUUGUCACAUUAAUGUGUUAGCUCAGCACUUUCAAACUUGGCUCCUUUUCUAUAUUUUGAUUUUGGAAAUACAUGAAAGGACUUGUCGACAUGUGAUGAGAGGAAUGAGGAAAGACAGUUGGGCAACACUUACAUAAAGUCACUGUGGCUUGAAUUCUACUCAUGCAGGACAUUGUACCUCCCAGCUGUGACUGCUGGCCUUCCUGCCACAAAGAUAGCAAGCUAAUUAGGAUUUUCGGAAGAUUUCGGAUGGGCAGGUCUGACACUUUACCUCCACAGUCAGUAUUUAAACGAACCUUAUACUUUUUCAAAAGAUGUUCCAGUAGUCACCUAUAACAUUCCCUUUGUCAGAUUCAGCACUGACAGUCUCGACACGGUCGGGAUACAAAGUGGCUGAUGAGAAGGAGGACUUGGAUAUCUGACAUCAGUAACCAUGACACGUGUGAAUCCAGCCUCAGCUCCGUUUUCUUCUUGCUGUAGAGUGAAAGAAGGUGCUCCCAGGCCACAGAGAAGCCAUGAUGUACUGAACUGCUGAUUUCUUGCGGCAGCGCAUUAACCAGUACACUUAACUUAAAGCAGCUGGAAAAACUCCACAGUGUAUUGAUUGAGCAGUGGCUUGCACUUCACUUAGAGUGCACCUAUUAAUUACACGAAUACACUGUGACAACUUUAGCGUUUGUUGUAGUUGAAGAAAGAUAAUUCCAUUUCCCGAGAGAUGAUAAAGAAGAGCGGAGAUGGUACUUACACAACAUCAGUGCUGAUUUUCCUGAAAGCAUAAUGAAGAAGUCACUAAUGAAUUCACAAACAGAAAGUCUCAGUGCCUCAGCAAACUGCCUGUACAUUAAGUCAUGGUUUAAAGAUACCUUCUUUAAGUUGUUCUAUCUGAACCCUUAUAGUUUCACAUUUUUAUGCUUUUUUUUUUUCUCCUGUUGGUUGGCUAUCUUCAAGGUUUAAGAGCUUUCUGGUUCCCUUUUUGUUUUUAUGUACACACACGUCAAUGCUCGACUAAAGUGUGCUACACCUUUAAAAUAUUUUCUGAACUUCUUGAUUUCUUAAGAACUCCCAUCGAGGUUUGAGGUUGUUUGUCUGUUAUUUUAUUGCAUGUGUCAAAUUUUAAAUGGUAUUUGGUGGGAAAACAACAAACAAAUGAUUCGUUUUUGUUGCAUCCUGAUGUUGCAACAUAGCGUGUUGCUCGUCAUUUCAUGUCACGAACCCACACUCUGACCUUUUAUGUGUUAUUUUAGUCUGUAGAAUAUUUAUUUGUAAAAAUAAUGAGCGAAAUGGGCCCCCACCGGCAUGCUAUUCAUACACCAUCCUAUAAUAUCACAUUGUUUGUUUUGAAUUCAGGAAUAGAUUUAAAAAUUAAAGGGAUAUUUUAGCAAUUUUCACUAAGCGCAUUAGUUGACCUUAAUCACUACAAACAAAUAUUUGCAUAUGAAUGCGCGCAACUUAAAGCUUUUUGGUUCCUGCUGGUCGUUUGCUUUGUAGGCUUGAGCUUAAUCUGGAGACUGAAAAAACACCACAUUCUGACUGCAGUUUAGUUUUGUUAACUCUAAAACUAUUCGGUCAAUUUGAAACAUUUUGUUCAAUUCAGUAAAUUUUAUUACUUACUGAUUUUAAGGCCAUGUUAAAUGACUUGACGUGCUGACUGCAGAUAUUUUGCCUGAAUUUGUUCUAUAUUGACACUGAAGUUUAUACAUUUGGGUUGUGGUUAUUUAAUUAAUUAAUUAAUUAAUUAAUUAAUUAAUUCAUGUAUUUAUUUUGCCAGUACUUAACUGGUGUAUGGAUUUAUAUAUCUAUGUGCUAUUAAUUUAUAUUAAUUUAUGCAACUUAUGACAGUACUGCUGUCCUUCUUGGACUGGACACUGUAAAAAAUCAUUUUAAUCUCAAGAGUUUUAUUAAAGGUUAAAAAAAUAAUAAGCAAUUAUUCCACCUUUAUAUUGUAAGGUGAAGAGCCCACUAUAUUAGAAAAUCAGAGGCUCUCUUAUGAGCAACACUUGGGAGCAGUAGUGAAGAAGAACUCCCUUUUAACAGGAAGAGACCUCCAGCAAAACAAAACUAGGCUCAAGGAGGGACAGAAAGCUACCAACAACCAGUUGAGGGGUGAGGGGAAAGAGAGAGAAAGGAGAGAAGAGAGAGAAAGAUUAAAACACACAAAUAGUUGGCAAGAAAAGGCAAAAAACAAUGCUGUACAUCUAUAAACAAUGACCGAAGGGUGAACAGGAAGUUUAUCCCUGGAUAUGUGCAGCUACACAGGAAUAAUUGAAAAAAAUCAGCUGUUGGCCCAAGAGGUUAAGUCAGCAGACUAGCCAGUGGGUUUGCAGACAAGCCUUAUAUUCAUGGACAUUACAGUUUGUGUCACACUGAUCACAGAAAACGUGACAAAAAGCGUAGUGCUGGACACCUUUUUUAAUCAAAGAAAUGCAAAACAAAAUGAUAAAUAUGAGUGCAUGUGCACUAUGCAUGCCAAAGUACGUACCAUCAGUACUUACUGCAUAUGACUGAUGGUGUACGUACAGUCCGUUUCCGGCUGGCACACAUUAAAUGAUAGAGUUAGGGCUAUGACAGUGUUAAGUGCAUAUGGGGAGGUAACAACUUAAUUAAUAAUGUUAGAGCUCUUAAAGCUGCACCGAUCAAUAUUUUUACAUUAGCCGAGAAGUAAAUGACGGUGAGUAAUGAGCAAUGUUGUUGUGUUGUUUGUCGUAAUGUAACCAAGAGUCACCCUGCAGUUUACCCUCAAAGUGUUUUAGUGCCUUCAGUUUAUUCAUUCGGUCGUAUUGCCCACAGCCUUUUCUUUCACAUUCAUUUCCACUGCUUUCACAAGCAUCAGGAGGCAGAUUUUCUUUCAUGAAAGUCUGGUUCAGAAUGAUUCGCCUGCCUCCAAACUGCAGAGAAACAAAAAUUAGCAACUAGCUGGUGAACAUUGUGAAACUGUUUUCAGGUGAAGAACCAGAUAUUUCUCCUGAGAGUUGGUGGGGACCAAAACAGAGGUGAGAAGGAAAAUUGGAGUCAGAGAUGUGUUGAAGCAACAUCUUAAAAUUUACAGGGAGCUUGCUAUUGGACUUCCAAUUGGUUGCAAAUCCUUUGUAACACGGUUGUUAUUAGAUGUGAUGAAUACGUUCUGCUGUUCCACCCACAAAAAGCAAAAACCAUAUCUGACUUUAAUUUUUAAUUUUUGAUGAUCUCCCAUGUGAGGUCGUCUCCUUUUGCAUCUCCUUUGCACAUGCUGCUUAAAGUCCAGUUUUCACCACAUAUGAUGGUGAGUGACGAUUGUGUUGGUGUAGCCAAUAAUCUCCUGCCUUUUUAAUACACUAUGAGGGGGGCACACAAUGGCAUGUACUGCAGAGGAGGCUGUUGGGCUGAUUGGGGCCAGACCUCGGUUCCCACCCAGCUCUCGUCACUCAUGCAGAUUCUUGGCAUGGAACUCAGGUCAUUUUCUCUGUGCACAAGUUUUAGGUAUUUUGUGAAGUUAUAGACGUACAAGUGGAAGUAUUCAGAACAGGAUUUGAAUAGAUCGAUCUAAUAAUGUUGGCACACUGUGCUGAAGUGCUCAAAGAGACAAAUAAAAGUCACCUAAUAAUUUUGCUGGGUUGCUUAAACUUUUAGAUGCACAUAUCAUGAAUACAAGACAAUACGACUCACAGAAGUCAGCUGUCACUUGCAGCAACUAAAGGACGUAAGUGCACAUAGCUGAAUAAAGAAGAGGAACAAUAAAGUGAGAUGGAAGCAUCAAAAAAGCACAAAGAAGUAGAUAUAAAUCAGUAAAUAUAAGAGAUUACUUAGUAGGGAAAGAAAGCUGGUCUGAACUGGUUAACCAGCCUUGUUAUAAGUAGUCCUGGCAGGCCAUUAAAGCUGUGGCUGAGGUCCCAGCAUCAGUUACCUUAUUAACUUUGCUUUAAAUGAAUGCUCCUCUAAGCUGAUCAAUUCUAGUCGAGACAGAUUCUCGCCAGUGUGAACUGAAGUAGCCUCAGGCUCACAUUCUGCAAAUAUACACCUCUGUGCAUGAGUUAAAAAAUAUGCAGGAGGGCGCAUUAAUAAUUGAUGCAGUUACAAAACUCAUGAUAAGGAGACUGCGGCAGGACAGAAGAAGAUGUUUGCUUUAAACUUAAAGGAUCAGGUACAUGUGUACUGACAAGAACUUAGUGUACUUAUUUUAACCCAUUUCAAUGGUUUAAAAGAAAUAAGUCAGAUAUGUAUGUUACCCUCUAACAUAAUGCUUUGUAUGUAAAAAAAUAAAAUAAAAUCUUACCAAUUACACACUUCAUAACAUGAUUAACACGGGUGUCAUAUUUAGAUUCUGUCAGGAGGAAUUAAAAGUUAACUGAAAACCAUGAAGGAGCAAAUCUUUGACCUUUCAGAACAAUCCCUAUGCAGGUGCUAUUAAAGAAAGCACUAAAUUAUUACUCCAGUGUAGCUUCUGAGGUGUGUGGCAUCUCAAGCUAAAUGUGAAGCUAAUUGAGAAUUCAUCACAUGUUGUAGCUUGAAAAUGUCAGCUGGCUGUCAAACAGCCAUGUUUUUAUCUGCAUGACAUCAUAUUUAUGAUGUCUCCGAGGGUUUUGACCGGCUGCCACUGAUUAAAUGACAGUGAAUCAUUCAGUUUGAGAUAAAACAGUAAAAGUCUCCAAUGCAAGUGUUAAAGGGAAGUAUUCACAAGUUAACACAAAUAAAUGUCUGGAAGCUUCCACUAGAAAAUGAAUUUUAACAGAAGAGAAUAGUAUUUGAGUACCAGAGGUCAGUAAUGUGCUUCACUUUUACGUUUGCCUUUCUGCUGCAUCAAUCUGGACUCUAUCCACUGCUACCCGCGAGGGAAGUGAGGCUUACUUCCCAGUUGAAACUCUAUCUCUUGCAUUCAAUGUGCCCUCUAAGAUCUUAUUGUGGAAUGGUUGAUAUUACAGUUCAUUGCUGCUUCCCAGCUCCAGAUAUCCAACCCUUUCCCCUCCCUCGGGUGGGAAAGGGAAACCAGACACUGUCUUGUCCAGCCUCCCCUUGGUUGGCUAAACCUCUCUGCUACCAUCAGUUUUUGUUAGGGCACCGCUGCAGCCACACGACAUCUGACAACCGCAAAACUUGACUGAGGAAAAAUUUGGAGAAAAUGGGAGCUCCAGAGGAGGAAGCGCCACGUCCCCCAUCAGACAUCACUGUUUUCGGGGCCAACUGUACGCUCCACGGCCUGAGCCACAUAUUUCUGCCCGGUGGAGUGACUUUCCGGCGGCUGCUCUGGGCUGCUGCAUUCAGCGCCUCGCUUUCCAUCUUCCUGCUCCAAGUGGCCGACCGUGUGAUCGAGUAUUAUCAAUACCCCCAUGUUACAAUUCUGGAUGAAAUGGACAGUCCCGUCAUGUAUUUCCCAGCCAUAACCCUCUGCAACUACAACACCUUUCGAAAGUCCCAGCUCCGGAGGAAUGAUAUCUUCUGGAUGGCUGGACUCCUGGGUGUGGAACAAGGAGACUUUGAUGAUUUCAUGGCCGCUAUAGGGCAACCCACAGACAGCAACACCAAGUUUUUCCCCAGCAAGACCUUCAACAUGCUGGAGUUUGUGCAGAGGACUAGUCAUAACAUAGAGGAGAUGCUGCUUGACUGCAAAUACAGAGGCAAGGACUGUGGUCCAGAGAACUUCACCACAGUAAACUCCACAUCCGAAUCUGUUUCCAUGGAGCCAAACAAAUCAAGUGAUGCCCAGAAGCCCCCUCUUCAGAACCCACAGUCCAGCUCGCUGAAAGCAACAUGGAACGAGAUCACGGUGGAUUUCAUAAUGAGGACCAAGAUCCACGGUUUGAAGUUUGUCUUCUCUCCGGACAAGUCGAAACCGCAGCGGGUCAUCUGGAUCAUGGCCUUCUUCCUUUGUCUGAGUCUCCUCUUCACCUGGUCCUGGAAUCGAAUCCUCUAUUUGAUGUCCUACCCCGCUGUCACCAAGAUCUACAUGGUCUGGGCUCACAACAUGUCCUUCCCAGCCGUUACCUUCUGCAACAAAAAUGUUUUCCGGGUAUCCUCUCUGACUAAAGAUGACCUGUAUCACAGCGGCUACUGGUUGGACCUCCUGUAUCAUAAUCACACAGUCAUAAAGAGGAGCCUGUCUAUCCUUAAAGACAAUCACAAGCAGGGUCUGCUCACUCUCCUGGACUUCAGCAGCUACACCCCACCCCCCAAUUAUCACACCAACACCACGGAGAUGAUGGGUCGGCUCGGUCACCAGCUUGAGGACAUGCUGCUGGAGUGCAGGUUUCGUGGGGAAACCUGCACCUACAAAAACUUCAGCACUAUUUACACACGGUAUGGAAAAUGCUACACUUUCAACUCGGGAUUAGAUGGCAACCCUUUGCUGACCACGUUAAAGGGCGGCACGGGGAACGGCUUGGAGAUCAUGUUGGAUAUUCAGCAGGAUGAAUACUUGCCUGUUUGGGGCGAGACAGAUGAGACCUCCUAUGAAGCAGGCAUCAAGGUUCAGAUCCACAGCCAGGACGAGCCUCCUUUCAUUGACCAACUGGGAUUUGGUGUGGCACCUGGUUUUCAAACUUUUGUGUCAUGUCAGCAGCAACUGCUUCAGUACCUCCCACCACCUUGGGGAGAUUGCAAGUCUACUCCCAUAGACUCUGAUUACUUCUCCACGUACAGCAUCACUGCAUGUCGCAUCGACUGUGAAACACGGUACCUUCUGGAGAACUGUAACUGCAGGAUGGUUCACAUGCCGGGAAACACAGCCGUUUGCACACCUGAGCAGUACAAAGAUUGUGCUGAUCCAGCUUUAGACUUUUUGGUAGAGAAAGACAACAAUUACUGUGUCUGUCAGACCCCCUGCAACAUGACUCGCUAUGGCAAGGAGCUGUCCAUGGUUAAGAUCCCCAGUAAGGCAUCUGCUAAAUAUCUGGCUAAGAAAUUCAACAAAACUGAGCAAUAUAUUGGAGAAAAUAUUCUGGUGUUGGACAUCUUCUUUGAAGCUCUGAAUUAUGAGAAGAUUGAGCAGAAGAAGGCCUAUGAAAUUGCUGGACUUCUCGGUGACAUUGGAGGCCAGAUGGGGCUAUUUAUUGGAGCCAGUGUUCUUACAAUUCUAGAAAUAUUUGACUACCUAUAUGAGGUGUUUAAAGAUAAGCUUUUGGGUUACUUCAUUCGCAAGAAACGGCCACAGCGCUGUCAGAGCGACAACCUGGAGUUUCCAGAGAACCCAACCAGCCCUGGUGUCACGCCUAAUCAUGCCCCCAGAGCACCUGUGACACCCUCCGGAGUCACUCGGACAGUCUCGGAUUCACGCCGAACAUGUUACCUCGUCACCCGACUAUAGGCAACUUUGAGGAGUUUGCUUGUUGACAACAUAAAGCAGGGGUUGGGGAUGGGGUGGAACAUCUGGGUACUUGACAGCAAACUGUGAAAUCAUUUUAACAGAGAAAGGCUCUUGAGUGUAUGCUCACAAAAUGCGUAGUACAGUUUAUCAAUGCCUGAAUAGAAAUAGAAUACUAUCAUCAGAAACAAAAGAGACCACUUCCAAAACACAACUCAGGUUUAACUGCCAUGUCAAGGCAUCCAUGUUAAUUUACUCAUGUUUCAUUCAGUAGAUUUGUUUAUGUUAUCGAGUAUACAAUACGUGAGGAUAAACGUGUUCAAAAAGAGGAAUCUGAACUGUGUUGCGAUGAGUCAUGUGGUAUUGCUGUGCUAGUAUUGAUGUACAUCAAUCAGUCUAGUUAUAAAAAAAAGCAACAACAAACGCAUGUGGAUUUGUAUGUGUAGCAGCGUUUAUCAGUGUUAUGCCUCCAGCAUCUAACCAAUGCUGUAUUGAGUGACCUUAUAGCAGUCACGUUUUAACGGAAGAGCCUUUUAGACAUCUGCUCCACUUUUAAUGAGCUGAUUGUUGACAUGAAUUAAAACACUAGACUAGUGUUGAAUGUUGCCUUUUGCUACUAUGGGGCUUUAAAUUGUCUUUAAUUAGACAUGUGUGCUUACCCACCUUUGAAACACGAGAGGAACUUGAUGAUUUGUAUAUAUGCUGUUUUAAGACUCCUGAAUUACAUGGUUUUGUUGACUUUAGGCUUUUUUUAAGACAGUGAGGGUAAAAAAAAUGAAGUCAGAAGGCAAAAAAAGGCAGUUGAUUGUACUGUUAUAUUUCAUUUUCAGUCAUAUUUCCAUUUCUUUAUAUAGUUGCUGCAGAAAUUGUCCCCAUAAAAGCUGGCCCUGUUUUCAGUUGAAUUCGCUCCAACAGAAACAAUCUGAAUUUCUUUUGCCUUUCCUAAUAGUUCAGUUGUUUUCAUCACAAUGUCUUAAAGAUUCAUCAGCACAAUCCCCUGUGAUAGUAAUCUAUUCUCUAUUGAAAAUGCUGUGAGUUUAAAAGGCUUGCUGGUGACAUUCCUAAACUUGACAGAAAUUUGUAAAUACCCACAAUCAAAUGCCAUGAAGAAAUUCUACAUUGCUCAUGUGAAACAUGUCAUAUAUACAUAUAAAUAUAGAUAUAUAAAUUUAAAAUACAAAAAAAAAAUCUUUCUUCAUCCGUUCUUACACCACAAGGAAUUUGGACUUUCUAUCUAGGUGGACCGUCAAGUGUCUUUGAGUACAACAUGGAUGGCAGACUUUAUUAGGUACAAGAGACUUUGCCUCAAUACAUCUACAACUCACUGCACCUCAGCCCCAUUCAGUUGAUUUAUAUUAGAAAUGCAUUGUAAAAUUUUACCAUUGUAACCUAUUAUUAUUACGAUUAUUAUUAUUAUUAUUAUUAUGAUUACAGAAUAUGUAAUAAGUCACAAAUAACAGUUUGUGAUGUAUAAAUGAUCAAGUAUAAUAAACUCUAUAUUUACUCAUCUUACUCCUCAUGUACACAACUUUUCUUCGAACCUUCGUGUCAGUCUACUUCCUUUCUCGUUUAAAAAACACAGAGCGUGUUAUUUAAAUAUUUCGGUUAUGAUUUGUAGGUACUAUAAAUACUGGGAACCUUUUUUUUCGUGAAACUUUCAUGUAUAACGCCAGUCAAGUGAGUGGUGUUCAUAACUCUGUAGCUUUAUUACUCUGUUGUCUGUGUAUUAGAUGACUGUUGAUGUGAAGCACAAACCCUUGGAAAUCAGCCAUCACUGGAAAGCCAAUGACUGGGCGUCUAUCGUUGUAACUACCUUUUGUGGCUCUAGAUUUAACUACACACACUGUUAUGUGGUGUGCUCACAGCUCCGGCGUUAUCAGGAACAAGACUGGUAAUUUAAGCGGAGCCAGAGAGCACCUUGUGGAAGGACUUAAUCCAAAUGGAACUUUUGCCUUUCAGGAAGCAGACACUAAGAAAAAAAGGGUUAGUCAGUGGCAUUGUGUUACGAGCAAUAAAUGCACUGAAUCAGACAGCACUGUUAGCAAACUGACCAGAAAAAGAUUGAUUGAGGAUCCAAAUUAUCAGUUUGUGAUGUAUGAAACAGUUACGAUGGAUGUAAACCGAGCAGCUGCCGCCUGCAACAAUGAUGUAUGAUAUGACAAAUAAACCAUCAUGAACUCAAUAAGAGACGCAGAUGCCAAUUCAUGUUACACAAUGGUCCUCCUCUGAUGCUGUAUUGCCAUGAUGAUUUUGAGUGUGUGUGUGAUGCUGCUGGGCUACAAGUGACCCAACAUUACCGCAAACUGUGGAGAUAUGAAGGCUUUACCUCUCUCUCGCCCCACCCCCUGCCUUACUACCAGUCAAAGAAGCAGUAGAGUGUAUCUGAGCUGGCAGAAAAUAUUCCUUAACUAUUUAUUCUCAUUAACUAAUCUUUCAUGGAUAUUUACAGCAUAGUUACGGCCAAGUAGAAAAAAAAGUUCACUAUAUAUUUCUGCCACCAAAUACCUGAAUUUGAUUGAUUUUAUCCUAAUAAUUUACAGCACAUCACCCAUUUUCUUCCUUGCAUGUGUAUUCCUAUUAUCUCUGAUCUAUUAAUGUAAUAUUAGCUAUGCUAUUCACUUUGUACUGUUCAAAGUGUAUUUUCUUUGGAGUCAGAUGAAUCAAAACAGUGUUCUCCACAUCCUGCACUACAAUGUCCUGGAUAUUAUGAUUACAUUAUGAUGUAAGAAUCCUCCUCUAACCAGGCUUGGGACUGUGCAAUACACAGAAGAAUAGUUUUUGUGGCUUGAUUAAACUGUGUGGCUUGAAAUCAAACUAAAAUGUGCCUUUAAGACAGGUUCUUACAGGUAACAAAGAUUUUCCUGUGCCAACACACACAUAGAGACACACACACACAUACACACACCUGGAGAACAAGAAGUUGUUUCAUCUGGCUCUAUAUGCUAUAUGUGCAUUUUAUUGUAGAUAUGUGAUUUUAACUCUAAGCUGUACAUUAAAUAGUUAACACACUUAACUAUGUGUAACGUAGUCCGUUUUAAAUAAAACUGUAUUGGAUGUUUGUUUGCUUUUUAAACAGUACUUACAGAGGAUGUUAUGUGCCAGCAAAAAAAUGUAACAUCCAGCUUAAAUAAACCUGAUAAAGUCUACAGUGAAGCUAAAGCACAACAGAAUAUUCUAAACAGGUAACAAAGGAGAAUAAAUACUGCAAAGGAGGGUUUGUUUGUUUUUUUACCACUAGUGGUAAUAUGAUAGUAGUUGUUUUGCCUCUGUACUCUAUCACAGUGCAUUUUAAAUCACACAAUAGAAGUUUCCAGUUUUAAUUCAAGGGGUUUUAGAGAAAGUUUCCCCAUUAACUGUUAUAAUAUGUGAUUGAAGUGCAGACUUUCUCUGCAACAAAAGUUUUACAUUAGCUGUUGAGAAAUUACAGCCAUUUUUAGACCCUAGUUUUUUCAUAGGAUAUCAGUAAUUGCACAAACUAUCAUCAUUUUAAUGAUUGUUUUUAGCACUUAGAUGAAACUCAUUUGGAUUCGGUCACUGCCUGAAGUCUAGUCUGUGCCAUUUAUUUACUGUAGCCAUCUUCAGUUUGUGCAUCUCUCUGCAUUCUUUGUAUUUCAUAACUGAAAAGGAUGCUCCCUUAGGUUGAGAUCAGAUCUCACGUUCAAGUUAACCUUGGAUUUAAGUGACUAAAGGUUGUUUUCUGGAACUGUGCAGGCUCUAGUGGUUUUCUGGCAAAGUCUAAUCUAGCCUUCUGGUUCUUGAGUGUAACCAAUGGUUUGUACCCUUGUUGUAAAACAUGGCCAGUUCUUGGCCAAUCCAAUCAUUCGUUUUAAGAACAUAGCUAACUGUUGAUUUGGUCUCUCUGAAAGGUUUGUUUUUCAGCCUAAUGAUGAUGUCCUUCACUUGAGCUUCAGAUUUACAAUUACAGUAACCUACGAUACAAAACUUUAAAUUAACUACUGAUAUCAUGUUUGCUUCCUUUGUCUUUAAAUAACAGGUGAACAGGCCUCACCUGGCAAAGA